UAUCAUUAUUAAUUUUUUUUCUCAAAAAUAAUUACUUGAUUAUUCAAGUUCGUUGAAAAUGGAAACCUUAGAUGUGAUAUAAAAAAAAUUAAAAAAAUGUUAAAUGAAUAUGAUAUUACUAUAUCAGAUCAAAAUGAGGCACACAAAGUCAAUGUUAGGACAAAACACAAAAUCAAAUGAGGCCAACAAGUUUGAAACAAAGAAAAAUUGCAUUGCAUUAUAAAUUCCACACAACACAACACAGUUUCAAGCACCACCUCUCCAUAUAUACCCAAUUCAUUUCCCCUCUCUCCUUAGCUAGCCAUGGUGGAGCAUGAACAGGUACGGCCACUAGCUCCGUCCGCCGACCGGACAAGCAGCGACGACGAAGAAGCUACGAUCCAUUUGAAGAAAACUCGACGCAGAAGAUGCAUCAAGUGUUGUGGAUGCAUCACAGCUUCAUUGCUAGUCCCUGCAAUAGUGAUCGUGAUACUAAUUUUCACUGUUUUCCGAGUAAAGGAUCCUACCAUCAAAUUGAAUAAUGUGAUCAUCACUCACAUGGAGCUCAUUAAUAAUACAAUUCCUAAGCCAGGAACCAACAUCUCCUUAGUUGCAGAUUUAUCAGUGAAAAAUCCAAACAUAGUAUCCUUCAAGUAUGACAACACCACAUCAGCUCUUUACUACCACGGCGUGCUAGUUGGAGAGGCUCGAGGUCCUCCGGGUCAUUCCAAGGCCCGACGAACCAUGCGAUUGAAUGCCACUAUAGAUUUAGUCGCCGAUAAAUUGAUUUCGAACCCAAAUUUGAAUACUGACGCGGCUACUGGGCUGUUGACGGUGGACAGCUACACAAAGCUUCCAGGGAAGGUGAAAAUACUGAUAAUUAAAAAGCAUGUGACUAUAAAGAUGAAUUGCAGUCUUACAGUUAAUAUUUCAAGCCAGGCAAUUCAGUCGCAGAAGUGCAAGAACAAGGUUGACCUCUAGGGAUAUGGUUGCAGCCUCUUUGUGAUAUAUGUAAUUAAGAUAGAGUGCUAGAGCUGUUCUUGCUGCUGUGAGAUAUCUUUGUUUUCCGGUAUAUGUUCUGUUGUUGUGAUUCAGUUCAUGUAUUGGGUUCUUAUUUAAUUUCUGAUAAUUUUAUCUUUAUAGCACACAAUUAUA